AUGCAACAAGAGCAUUUGUUCAAAGUUCUCGUGAUCGGGGACCUUGGGGUUGGAAAAACGUCAAUAAUUAAACGGUACGUUCAUCAGAUCUUCUCACAACAUUAUCGCGCGACCAUUGGAGUCGAUUUUGCCCUGAAAGUCUUGCAAUGGGACAAUCAAACCGUGAUCCGCCUACAGCUGUGGGACAUUGCUGGGCAGGAGCGCUACGGGAACAUGACUCGGGUGUACUACAGAGAGGCUGUGGGGGCCCUGAUCGUGUUCGACGUGACGCGAGCCUCGACGUUCGACGCCGUGCUGAAGUGGAAAGACGACCUGGACACAAAGGUCACGCUUAGCAACGGCAAGCCCGUCCCCACGGUGCUGCUCGCCAACAAAUCCGACCAAUCCCGCGAAGGCCUGUGCUCCCAGAUCCCAAAACUCGACACCUUCUGCAAAGAGCACGGGUUCGCGGGAUGGUUCGAAACCUCAGCUAAGGAGAACACAAACAUUGACGCGGCCGCCCGGUGCCUGGUGGAACACAUUCUGGCCCAUGAAGAGAGCACGACCAGUGAUUCGGAUCUGGAUGUGGUGGCCCUGCCUGGCUACAACAAUAAUGCUAAAGAACGGGUCCAGGCCAGAUGUACGGCCUGCUCCAAGUUCUGA